GAUUCCUGGACUGUCGAGCUGUCAAAAUAUUUUUAUGAGACUGAAAACGGAACCAUUUUCGGUGCAGGAAGGUAAUCCGAAAGUACGAUAAGUAAAAUUGCACAAAAUCUAGGAUUUACGGACUGGAAUAGUGUUAAGUAAAACGCGUAGCAGAGUUAUUCAAACAAGGUACAUAUUCGUGUGCUUUGCGCGAUUCACUUAACUUAUGGCUAAGGUGCUGAUCAUCGAACCUUUCUAUGGCGGCUCGCACAAACAGUUGCUCGAUACAUUUCUCCAGCAGUUCCAUCCGGCCGAGUAUGAUUUGUUCACGCUAACCGCCAAGAAGUGGCACUGGCGUUCUCGAAUCGGGGCUCUCUAUUUCUCCGAGACCAUUCCCAGGGACCACCAGUACAAAACGCUCUUCACCAGCUCGGUACUGAAUUUGGCCGAACUGAUCGGACUUCGGCCGGAUUUGGCCAUCUGCCGGAAGAUAGUGUAUUUCCAUGAGAAUCAACUUAACUACCCGGUGCGGGAGAUUAAGGAACGAGACUGCCAGUACGGCUUGAACCAGAUAAUGACCUGUCUCAGUGCGGACCAAAUUGUGUUCAAUUCGCAGUACAAUAAGAUAUCGUUUUUGGACAACAUCAAAAGCUUCCUGAACAUUGCACCGGAUUUGAAGCUGAAGAACCUGCGGGAAAAGCUGGAGCCACGCUGCGAGGUUCUGUACUUUCCGAUACCGUUUCAUUCGAUUCCGAAGAGGAUUUUCACUAAGAAUGACAAACCGCUGCAUUUGAUAUGGCCACACCGAUGGGAACACGAUAAAAAUCCCCAAUUCCUGACCAACACGCUACUGGAGUUGAACAAACGGCAGGUGGACUUCCGUGUAUCGAUUCUUGGCGAACGAGCUCAGUCCAUACCGGAAUGCUUCGAAAACAUCGGAGAACUGCUCAAGGAGAAGCUUAUCAACUUUGGAUUUUUGAGCAAGGACGAGUACUAUCGCACCUUACUGGAUGGAGAUGUCGUGAUUUCAACUGCUGGCCAUGAGUUUUAUGGGGUUGCAAUGCUGGAAGCAGCUUAUUGUGGUUGUCUGCCGGUGGCACCUAACAAACUAGUCUAUCCGGAAAUUUAUCCGGACACCAGCUUGUAUAACACUUCGAAUCAGUUGAUCAAAAUGUUGUACAACUGGUGCAAAAACAGACACCUCUUCGAGCGCGAUCGAGCCAUCUUCUAUGAGAAUUUCGACUUUGACAAGUACUCUGCGGUGAGCAUAGUUCCCAAGUUCAUAUCGAUGAUCAGAGCGCACCUCGGAACCCCUGGCGUUGUCAACGGGGUCUAGACCAGGUGCGCUCCGUAGCUCAAUUCUAAUAACGCGUUUGUUCUAGCUCUAGAAGUUUUGAAUUCUUCCAAUAUCUAUGUAUAUUGGUAAUAGGCCAAAUAUAUGUCAGCGCGAUAGUCGCCAAACGUAAAAUCGCUCGUCAACGUGCAAUCUCGCGCCAAUUACCUAUCCACUACUAGUAAAGGUCUACAAAGGCACAAAAAUGUUCGUUCUAAUCAUUAGUGUUACGAAAUUGAUGUCGGAUGGAAUUUUGUUUUAAAAACGUUUUAAGUUUCUGAUCGUUUUCUAAUAGUAAUUAUACAAACAUUAUAACUGAGCUUAACCAUUUUAAAUCGAGGAAAACUGUUUGGCAUGAUUGUUUUCAGCUUUUAUUGAUUGAUAAUUUUCAAUCUUGGAUAAAAAAUUGCAUUGUAUAUUACAAUGCAGUAGUCAGAAUUCUACAAAUAAAAUGAAAUAUCGGGAAUCAACAUAUUCAUAGAUAAUAAAAUAUUGUAGCCAACGUUGUA